ACGAAAAGGACGAAAAACUAGGUCCUUGCUAGUACGUGACAUAAGUCUGGGGUUUGGGACUGCUGUUUACCUCAGGCGCUAAGGUUGUGACUGAUAAAUAAGGAACCAGCAAGCUAUGGAGGUCAGAGGGUUCUGCUUCCCAAGACAAAGGCAAGUUGUAUUUCUCUUUCUAUUUUGGGGAGUGUCCUUGGCAGGUUCUGGGCUUAGACGUUAUUGGGUAACAGAGGAAACAGAAAGAGGAUCAUUUAUAGUCAAUCUGGCAAAAGAUCUGGGACUAGCAGAGGGAGAGCUGGCUGCAAGGGGAACCAGGGUGGUUUCGGAUGAUAACAAACAACGCUUGCUUCUGGAUUCUUAUACUGGGAACUUGCUCACAAAUGAGAAACUGGACCGAGAGAAACUGUGUGGCCUCACAGAGCCCUGCAUGCUGUAUUUCCAAAUUUUAAUGGAUAACCCUUUUCAGAUUUAUCAGGCUGAGCUGAGAGUCAGGGAUAUAAAUGAUCACUCACCAGUGUUUCGGAACAAAGAGAUGGUCUUAAAAAUACUAGAAAACACACCAGAAGGGACAGCAUUUCGACUAGAAAGAGGACAGGAUUCAGAUGGAGGACUUAAUGGAAUCCAAAACUACACCAUCAACUCCAACUCCUUUUUCCAUAUUAAAAUUAGUGACAGUGAUGAAGGUAUGAUAUAUCCGGAGUUAGUGUUGGAUAAAGCACUGGAUUGGGAGGAGCAGAAGGAGCUCACUUUAACCCUCACAGCGCUGGAUGGUGGGUCUCCACCAAGAUCUGGGACUUCUACUAUACGAAUAGUGGUUAUGGACAUCAAUGACAAUGCCCCACAGUUUGCUCAGGCACUGUAUGAGGCUCAUACUCCAGAAAACAGCCCAGUAGGGUCCCUUAUUGUUAAAGUCUCUGCAGAAGAUGUGGACUCUGGGGUCAAUGCUGAAGUGUCCUAUUCAUUUUUUGAUGCUGCUGAAGAUAUUCCAACAACUUUUCAAAUUAAUCCUUUCUCUGGGGAAAUCAUUCUCAGAGAGUUACUUGAUUAUGAGUUAGUAAAGUCUUACAAAAUAAAUAUACAGGCUACUGAUGGUGGGGGUCUUUCUGCAAGAUGUACAGUUUUGGUCCAGGUAUUAGACACCAAUGACAAUCCUCCUGAACUGAUCAUGUCAUCACUUUCCAAUCACAUUGCUGAGAACUCUCCUGAGAUGGUGCUGGCAGUUUUUAGAAUUAUAGACAGAGAUUCUGGAGAAAAUGGAAAGAUGGUUUGUUACAUUCAAGAUUAUCUGCCAUUCCUGCUGAAGCAUUCUGUGGACAAUUUUUACAUCCUAAUGACGAACGGAGCCCUGGACAGAGAAAGCCAAGCUGAGUACAACAUCACCAUCACUGUCACUGACUUAGGGACACCCAGGCUGCAAACCCAGCAAAACAUAACAGUGCUGGUCUCCGACAUCAACGACAACGCUCCCACUUUCACCCAAACCUCCUACACCCUGUUUAUCCGAGAAAACAACAGCCCCGCCCUGCACAUUGGCACCAUCAGUGCAGCUGACAGAGACUCAGGCACCAACGCCCAGGUCACCUACUCCCUGCUGCCACCUCAGGACCCGCACCUGCCCCUCACCUCCCUGGUCUCCAUCAACGCUGACAACGGACACCUGUUCGCCCUCAAUGCUCUGGAUUAUGAAAAGCAGCCUGAGCUCAGUUUCAUCCUCACUGCUCUGGAUGGCGGGUCCCCUCCCAGGUCUGGGACUGCCUUGGUUCUGGUGAUGGUUGUGGACAUUAAUGACAACAGCCCCCAGUUUGAGCAGACGUUUUAUGAGGUAAAUAUUCCAGAAAACAGUGUCCUUGGCUCACUAGUUGUUACCGUCUCAGCCUGGGAUUUAGACUCUGGAAUAAAUGGUGAAAUAUCAUAUACCUUUUCCCAUGCCUCCAGAGAUAUUCGCAAGACAUUUGAAAUUAAUCAAAAGUCUGGAGAUGUUAGGUUAAAAGCAUCCUUGGAUUUUGAAGCAAUUGAUUCAUACUCAAUAAUCAUUCAAGCCACAGAUGGGGGAGGACUUUUCGGAAAGUCAACAGUCAGAAUUCAAGUGAUGGAUGUAAAUGACAACGCUCCUGAAAUCGCCGUGUCUUCAAUUACCAGUCCAAUCCCAGAAAACUGGCCUGAAACUGUGGCUAUGGUUUUCAGCGUCCGAGACAAAGACUCUGGGGAAAACGGAAAGAUGGUUUGUUCUAUCCCAGAAGACCUCCCAUUCCUCCUAAAAUCUUCAGUUGAGAAUUACUACACGUUGGAAACGAAGAGACCACUAGACAGAGAAAGCCAAGCUGAAUACAACAUCACCAUCACCGUCACUGACCUGGGGACACCCAGGUUGCAAACCCAGCAAAACAUAACAGUGCUAGUCUCUGACGUCAAUGAUAAUGCCCCUGCUUUUAGCCAAACCUCCUAUACCCUGUUUGUCCGAGAAAACAACAGCCCCGCCCUGCACAUAGGCACCAUCAGCGCCACAGACAGAGACUCAGGCACCAACGCCCAGGUCAUCUACUCCCUGCUGCCACCUCAGGACCCGCACCUGCCCCUCACCUCCCUGGUCUCCAUCAACCCUGAAGGCCACUUUCCUGGCCACCUAGUGGACGUUAGUGGUACAGGGACUCUGUCCCAGAGCUACCAGUAUGAGAUAUGUCUGACUGGAGACUCUGGAACAAAUGAGUUCAAAUUCCUGAAACCGAUUAUCCCCAACUUCCCACCCCAGUGCCCAGGAAAAGAAAUGGAGGAAAAUGUUACCUUCCCCAGCGGCUUUUAG